GUCUGGUCCUCUCGCUGGCCUUCUCUCUCCCUCGUCUUCACUUUUCGCCUGAUCUGCUUCGCCUGUAGCCUGUCGGGUUCAAUCUUAGCCGAGAGCCGCCAGCCUCGGGCCUGGACGACUGCGCCCUCGGCCGCCCAUGCGCCGCGACGGGGACGGCAAGGGAGGCCAGCAUGACGGGCCCGACGUGGGGCGGGAGCUCCGGGACGAGGACAUGGAGGACCCCAGCGUGCCCCCGUGGAUGCUGGCCGAGUGGGUCCUCAGGACGCCCCUGACAGGCCCCGUCGGCAGCGCGCCCCUCGCCCUGGACCCGGGCCUCUUCGUCAGCGACGCCCUGGCGGCGCGCGUCGCGGCCAGGAACCGCACGCCCCGGGCAGCGCCCUCGAUCCUGAAGAAGGGCGGGGAGGCGGGCGGCCCGGGCGGCGGCGCUCGCGAGCUCCCGGGCAAGACGGUGCGGUGGUGCGACCGCGCGCCGGAGGUCCAGGAGCCACCCGGCGAGGAGGCCUGGCAGUGGCCGGGGAGCUGCCCCGGCGAGGGCGAGCGGGCGUGGAGCUGGAGCGCCUGCCACCACGCUGGCGCGGCUCGCGCGUGGAGCGGCUGGGCAGCCGACGGGCCUGGGGCCGCCCAGGCUGCCGGGGGCCAUGCGGCGUGGAGCUGGAGAGAGGCGUGGGGCGAAGGCUGGGGUGGGCCCACGACCGUUGGGCCCGAGGCGGCGGGGGCCUCCGAUCGUGGCGAUGGCUGGUGGCGUUCGUCCAGCUGGUGGGAGGCAACCUCUGGCGAGCCUGCCGCCAGGUGUUCGGCGCAGUGGUGGGGAACAACGCCGGCGGCAUCCAUCUGGGAGGCUCGGCGGAGCGACCGCGACCCAGGCGAGUCCCACGACACCCCAGCUGCCAGGCGGUCGCGCGACAGCGCCUCCUGGCGGGGCGGCUGCGGUCCGCCGCACGAGGUCCUGGCGCACACGGCUGCGACAUGGCAACGGGCCUGCGCGUCAUCGGAGCUGCGGCUGGCCGGCGAGGCCCAGCGCCCCCCGGAGGGCUACAGCGGUGGGGGUGCUCUGAGCGACGGCUGCAGCCCAGGCCGGGACCUCGGCGGCCACGACGCCGGGGCCCAGGCGGCCAGGUGGUGGUGUGACGGCACCUCGGCCGGCGGCGGCAGCGGCGCUGCGCCCGGCGGCGGCCACGACGCCGGGGCCCAGGCGGCCAGGUGGUGGUGUGACGGCGCCUCGGCCGGCGGCGGCAGCGGCGCUGCGCCCGACGGCGGCGGCAGCAGGAGCAGCAGCGCCCGUGCCCACGAAGGCUGCAGCGACACGAUGGCAGCGUCGCUCGCCUACUUGAGGCCAACGACGCCAAGGCCUGCGCACGGGUGGGUGCACAAGGAAGGCAAAGCCACCAGCGAGCUGCAGUGUGGAGACCCAGCGGAGGGCUGGGUCACCAACGUCGCCACCCUCGGCGUCUACGUGAAUUUCGGCGCCCAGAAGGACGCGCUCGUGCCCGCCAGGGAGGUGGACAAGCUGGGAAGGGCCUUCAAAACUGGGGACUGGGUCGGGGGGCUGCGGAUCCUUGCGAUAGACCCGAUCAAGAACCACAUCACCCUCGAGGCGGUGGCAGGCAACCGCGGCGGCGGCAGGACGUCGCGUCAGCAGGAGGCCCGCGGGCGCACUGCCCCGAGCCAGCUGGGCCUCCGCGACAACCAGAGACGCUGGAACAGCGCCGCCGCCUGGUCGCCCAGGCCGUGGCAGGGCCGCUCCGCCGCGAGCCGCUGGCUGGACGAGGGCGCCGAGGGCACCGGCCAGGACUGGCUGAAGGCCGUGGCUGCCCAGGGGAGCGGCUCCAGCGGCGAGGGCGAGGCUCCGGGCAGUCGGCUCUGGAGCAGCGCGGGCUACGCCCUGUUCAGGGCAGGUGAUCAGCUGGAUCGUGCCUUGGCCAGCAGGGUCUUCGUGCUAUAA